ACAAAGCAAAGCAUCAUAGUCAACAUCACAUGUUGUAACACCUCACACACACAACACAAACUCAGUCUUAAAAUGCGCACCAAAAUAACUCACCCAAGUGGUGGUGCCACCACAAAUCCACCACCACCGUAUCAAAAACUAACUUACCCCAAAAACGACGUCGUUUUCUCACCAAUCCUCCAACCCUAUAACCCCUUACACAAUCACAACCACUACCGAAUCACCGCCGCAAACUCUACUCCACCUUUCACAUUAACCUCCGUCGUCUCCUCCGCGAUCUCAUGGUUUCGACACCGUCGGAUCCGUUAUCUCUUCCUCCUCCUCUGUUCACCACUCCUCCUCGUCUUCCUUUUCAUCUCCUUCCCUUUCCUCUGCAUCACUGAAUUCUGUCUCCGACGCCGUCUCUGGAGAAAAUUCAUCAAUAAAUUCUCCGGCGAUGAUUCCGGCGAUCGACUCCGACGAUGUGAAGAAGGAUGUUGCUAUGAUGAACAUGAAGAAGAGAAAGGAUUGUUGCAUAGAUAUUUGGAGGAUCAGCUUUUUCUCGUUGGAUCGAUGUAUGAUUGUGGCAAUGAAGAUGAAGAUGAAGAAGAAGAAGAUUCUAGAAGAGUUGAAUUUGAAGGUAGUAGUAAAACUCCUCUAUUGUUAAGAUGAUUAGUGUUUAAUUUAAUUUAAUUAUAAGUUUUAGUUUUUAUGUAUAGAGAUUAAUUUUUUUUUGGGAAUUUUGAUUAUUAAUUGUAUUGAGGUUUUCUGGGUAGUGUGGUUGCAGUUGUAAAUGUUCAUAACCAUUUUUUGUUUUUCUUUUGGGUAAUAUUUUAAUUAUUUUAUUGAUAUAGGAAAAAAACAAUUAGAAGUUCGUUAGAGAAAUUUAACAAAAAGGACCUGAGGAAAUUCUGUGAAAAUAACUGUUUUGGUUGGA